AUGGCUGCGUUGGUCCAAACGAUUCCACAACAGAGUGGCACGGUACCUGUGCUUCAGACGCGCCCUUCAUCCUCAUCGGGCACCUUUUCCUCUCCACCCCAGAAUCACGGCUCUCGUGUCCAGACUAUGUCUUGGACAACGUUCAAUGCUGGCAACUCUGGCAGCUAUCGAGCGGGCCACCCGGUUGUGGCUCCCUACGGCUACAAUCCGAACGUCGGCCAUUCCAACGUCCAGAAUCGCCAGUCGUGGACACCACACCUACGCCCCGAGAAUCGCACCUUUUCCGCACCUACUACCCCACAGGUGCCGGUGAAUCCGACAUACACCGGUGCCAGCCCCCGAUCCCCCCAUCUUGCAGCUGGUUCUGUAUCCAAUUCUUCAUCAAACUCUUCCUCCCGAUCAUAUGUCUCCAAGGACGACAGCGCACUGCCUUCACGGCAACCGAGAAGCGACCAGCCGCUUCGUCCCCUAUCCACGGCCAAUCUCCCCUCCCCCUCUAUUAUGAACAUCAAUUCCCCGAAACCCUCCCCAAAUCGGUAUCGUCGUACGUCCCAACGAGCAGAAACCACCGCACCAUCGCCCGCGGGGGCUUUGGCUCCAAUCCCGACCGUGAUUGUUGAUGAUUUAGGUGGCUCCCGACCGGUUCGAUCGAACGCUCAUAACCGGGUCUCCAGUGUGGAUGAUUCAUCCCAUGGUGAAAGGACACAGCCUGAGCGGUAUCGACGACGAAGCCUCGGCAAUAUGGAUGCGGCGGCAUAUCCAAACCUACAACUGGAUUUCCCCACUUCCUCUCCUGCUCAAUCGGGAUCCUACGACUUCAUCUCAUUUGAGACCAAUCCGAAUCCCGUUUCGGCGCACUCUCACCGGGACAGCGUGGGAAGCGUUCAGUCAGCACACUCUUCGGCCUCAUCGGCACGAGAAGGAACACUACCUGACUCGAACCCUGUCACUGGCAAGACCGGCAAGCCCGAAGAAAAGCGCACGAGCAAACCCUCGCCAUUAUCCCAACCGGCAUCGACGCAACCCGCAGCCCCUGAAUCCAAGCCUCGAGCCGAACCCCAGAGCAAGCCCAAACCGCCCCAGCUGGAUUCCCCCGCUGCCAAGCGUCUUACUGAUUUGAAAAAUGACCCACCGCGCCCGGGGAAAUCGCGCUUGAGACGAGCUUUCUCUUUCGGCAGUGCCUCGGAGCUCCUGAAGACAUCUGGACAGAGCAAUGCUGCCAAGCGGGAAGCAAUUGCCGCGGAACAUGCCCGGCGUGAAGCCUUGAGGGAACAGCUGGGGCCAGAACAGGCUGCCAUUGCCGAACAGCAGGAACGAAGCGGGCUGGGUGAAAGCAUCUACUCCAACCAAGGCCACUUCUUCACCGGAUCUAACGAUAAUCUGUCAGUAUCAUCGACGGCCUCCUCGGCAUCGAUGAUGCUUCGCAAGAUGGGUAAGGGCAUGAAACGCUCUACUCGCUCACUGGUUGGCAUGUUCCGUCCUAAAUCAGUGGCGAGCAUCAAUUCCAUUGAGGGUGCGGGUGUCGAGGCGUCAGCUCCACAGAUCACUGUCGUGAAUGUUGAGGCAGAACGGGAAAGCGUUGCUGUCAAACCCGAGCCUUCCGAUCUCCCACGUGGUGCCACGGUUUUCCCCAAGGUCGACAAUGCUGCGGAUAUCAGAAGAUCCACUUCAAUCCGAGAAAGAGCUGCAUCGGAGAACUCCCAAUCGCGUAAGAGCAUUGUGGGAGGAGAACGGGAACGAGCGGAGAUUCUCGCGGCGGUCCGGAAGGGCAUUCUGAAGAAAACCCAUCCGGAGCUUGGUAUCUCAUCGCCUGCAAAUGCACUUGCCGGUGGUGACUCCCCUCACUCUAGUGCUCCCCCAACACCUGAUGAGUCGUCACGAUCUCCAGCUCACCAGAAUGACUCGGUCAAGAUUGCCGGUGAGGAUUACUUCCUUUCGGCCGCAGGACGCUUUUCCUCCUCCGAUGCGAAAAGUGCACCCCUUACCCCGUCAACUGUUGGUGGUAGAAAUAUCGUCUUCAGUCCUCGCAUCCAGUUCCACGAAACCUGGCCCAGCGGCGAGUAUGAUCGGCGAGGAGAGAUUGCGACUUGCAACCGUCUCACUCCCCUGCUCGCGCAGCAGAUUCGUGAGGAGAUUAACAAUUUCAAAAUGGAGAUGGAGGUUCAUGAGAAUUCUAAGAUCUACACACACUUCAUUUAA